AUGCUUCGGAUUGCAUUUCCCCGAACAAAUUUCAUGGCCGAGCUUUUCACGCCGGGUAGAACAAACGCUUUCCGAAUUGUGCGGCAGAGACAACUUGAAGACUCGCUUGAGGAGUUACACCUCAACAAAGUGAUGAUAGCUGAAUCCAGCCCAGCGCCCUCGCUUGUCGGCAGGGCUCACGCCUCAAUGCACAAUUCCGAAGUUGACGAUGAAGAAGGCUUACACUCUUCAUCUGAUUUCAAGCCCUUAUAUCUUGUCAAAGCUUCGUUGAUAUCAACUCAAUUGUCAAUGUUCACCUCUAGCCACCCCGUGCUCAGGAUCAACCUUUCUCGUCUAACAGAUCUGACUAUCAGUUUCGCCUACAACACCUUGAAUGAAGCAUGGCGAAUUAUAUCACUUUGCAAAGAGACUCUGCAGCGACUCAGCAUCAGCCAGUCGGACCAUGCCGAAGGAGAAAGGUUAUUCUCACCAACUACGUUUUUUGACACCAGACUCGUUGAACCCCAGCAAAAGUCCAUAACGAUCUCUUCCACUUGCGCGACGCUUGGACAUCUUACAUCCCUCGAGCACCUCACGCUCCAUAUUGUUAUUCCAAUGGUCAAGACACGCGACGCAAUGGCAAUCAUGGUGGAAGAGUGGUGUGCGCUUCUUGAAACCGUCCAGCCGGAUUCAGCUAUCAGGACUGUAACGAUUAACCUCGACAUCCAGUGGAUGCGCCCAUCCAAGCUAUCGAUAUUCUGCUCACCAUUCCCAAUUAACUCUGACUUAGACACCACGGAAGGAUUUGAUUCAGAAGGGAAGGGAAAAGAAAAGGAGCUAGCUCAGCGAAAUGUGCUAGCUUGCCUUGACGAUAUUCUGGCUGGACGAGGGACUUUCCCGAGGCUUUCUGCAGUGAGAAUGUUUAUCCUAGUUGCAAGGGAGCAUACAGUUCCUCGGGGUGUACGAACUCCAACGGCUGAGCUAGAGCAUGGACACAACUCGUCAGAGGUAUCGGAAGCCAAUGCAGGCAUAGACAACUUGGACCAAAACUCUUCUGGGUCCGUAUUACGGGACAUCUUGAUGGACGGUCACAGCAUGGAACAAAACUCUUCUGGGUCCGUAUUGCGGGACAUCUUGAUGGACAGUCACAACAUGGACCAAAACUCUUCUGGGUCCUUAUUACGGGACAUCUUGAUGGACAGUCACAACAUGGACCAAAACUCUUCUGGGUCCUUAUUGCGGGACAUCUUGAUGGACAGUCACAACAUGGACCAAAACUCUUCUGGGUCCUUAUUGCGGGACAUCUUGAUGGACAGUCACAACAUUGCACGUCCGAAUUUGCACUGGUAUAAACAACGGAAAAGGGCACGGGCACGGGCAAGGCCGUUUACGUUCGAGGAAAUCGAGGCUUCCGUGAAGGGGAUGAUGGGCCAGACGAAGACGCGUCUUGAAGAGGGAAAUGCUGAGAUUCUAGAUGAGAUUCUGGUCGAUUCCAAUUAUGUUGUCUCGAAUUUUUUCUACGACGAGUAA